AUGAGGGAUCCGAAUCUGGAGUUGCAGGAAUCGGGUUGGGAGGAACUGCGUAAGGAAGCGCGCAAGAUCGAGGGCGAUCUGGACGUCAAGCUCUCUUCCUACGCCAAACUCGGGGCUCGCUUCACACAAUCAGGCAAUGUGGAUGGUGGUUCACCACCUCUUGGGUCCAAUAGGUCUUGGAAAUCAAUGGAAAUGGAAAUCCAGUCUUUGCUUGAGAAACUGUUGGACAUAAAUGAUUCAAUGAGUAGAUGUGCUGCAUCUGCCGGACCAGCUACUUCUGUAACUCAAAAGUUGGCUAGGCACAGAGACAUCCUUCAUGAGUUUACCCAGAUCCUAAGAAUUGGUGCAUUUUUUUUCCAUCUUGUAAUGCUUGGUGCAGAUUAG